AUGUCCUAUAUUUUGCGUAUCGCAUUCACUUCAUGCCUCUUGGCGUAUGUUGUUGCCCACGAACAUCACGAUGAGCUCUCGGAGGAGGAAGCAAACGCGCCGGUCGAUAACAUCUUAUGGAUACACAUGUUUCUGCAGGCAUUUGUAUGGGGCAUCAUGUUUCCUAUCGGUAUGGUUCUGGGUAUCACAAGGAGCAGGUGGCAUGUACCGCUGCAAUCUGCUGGAUAUGUGUUGACAGCUGGAGGAUACCUCCUUGGCCACUCACACAAAGGACAAUGCCUUGCGCACUACAUUAUGGGCAGUGGGUUCAUUGCAUACGCUGUCAUCAUGACAAUCAUCAUGCUUGUUGGUGAACAAUGGGUUCGUCGAAGUGGAAGGAGUCCGGAAUUCUUUGAUUCCUCUGUCAUUACCCUAUGGGGAAUUGGUGAGGAUCCAUAUAAACAAACUUCGCUGCACGCUCAUGUUUCUCGCCAGUCAACACAUUCACUGAACAUCAUGGGGGAGCCUGGUCAGUCAAAGACAUGCAGCACACGGUGGACUGGCGGCAUUCUUGGAAUUUACCUGUCGAGAAACAAUCGACGCAACGUUGUACCAGCGGUGAUUAUCUUCUUGACUGGUUGGGCCAUGUCCGAGCACGCACAAGCACUCAUGCUUUCCACCAAAGUUCAUGCUAUGUUUGGAAGUGCUCUCAUGCUUGCUGGUGUUACGCGAAUAGUUGAAGUUUGCUACUUUGUCCCUACUUAUGCAGGAGAGGGUGCAGAGGAUGAUGCCCACAGCGAACAUACUUUGGCCGACGGUGUUAACACGAGGACAUCUUCGACGAGUAGAACAGUCGCCGCUCGGUCGUUCCAGUAUCUCACCCCUUUCCUUUUAACUACUGCUGGGCUUCUGUUCAUGUCUGCGACAGACGAAGAGCUCGACUACGUACAUGAUAAUCAAAUGGAUCAUGUCACAUACAUCCUCAUUGUCAUAAGCUUUGCUUUCCUGCUCUACACAUUCAUCGUUUUCCUCGUCAAUAUGUAUUCCACGACAGGCCGCAACGUCUCCAAUGUAUCCCUGAAUACUGUUGACGAAUCGAGUAUUGAGAUGGUUACGCCGGGUGGGCGCUCAAAAUGGUACAGUAGGGUACCUGUGCGAGGAAACGGCGCCCAGACGCAUGUACUGGGAGAUGAUGAUGAGGAUGAGGAUUUUAUGGCGCCACAGAUGGCUCGAAGAUGA